GUUAGUUGCAAAAGACGAGUGGUCUGGAUUACCGAAGCUGAACCCAUUGUAAGAAAAAAACCGACUUCCGAAAUUGAGAAAAUAGAAAAUCCUAAUUUCUUUCUUCCUCUUUGUAGCUUUGCUUCUGUAUUCGCUUCUUCAGUUCUACACUCGCCCUUCUUCAGUUCUCUUACACUGAAGAAGAAAGGAGGAGGAGGAAUCUUUGAUUUGAAAGAGAAUGGAGGCUUACAAGAAAUGGGUUAGAAAGAAUAGAGAGUAUGUUCAUUCCAUGGAAUCUCUAGCGAAUGGAAUGACGUGGCUCCUCCCCGAACGCUUCUCCGCUUCGGAGAUAGGGCCAGAAGCAGUAACGGCUAUUUUGGGGGUAAUCACUGCUGUAAACCAACAUAUCAUUGAUACUGCUCCAACCCGUAAGCAGACAAGCUUUGUGGAGCCGUCGUUCCCUUGGUCUUUGUGCAUUUCUACACUUAAAGACUUGGAAACUUUAGUCGAAGUCGUCGCUCAACAUUUCUAUGGUGAUGAUAAGAAGUGGAAUUUUAUUGCUGUCACGGAAGCUACCAAAGCACUAGUUAGGCUAGCUUUGUUUCGCGAUGGUGGGUAUAAGAUGCUUUUGCAUGGUGGGGAGGUUGCGAAUGUGGAGAAGGGUACGAAUGCACUGGAAUCUCAUCAUGGAAUGGGGAAUUUCGCAAUGCCUGGUGGAUAUCAUGGCCCCAAUGGGCACUUUCACGAAUUUCGUGGCCAUGAUCCACGGAAUCUGGAAGGAAGAGCUUUGUCUGCAUUGAGCAGGUUCGGGGAAAAUGCGAAGAUGGUCUCUAACCCGACAUGGUUGAAUAGGGUCCAACACCAUAAUGAUCAACUCAUUGGGCCUCCUGCUUUGGCGAUCGAAAAGCCAACACUUUCUAGUAUUUGGUCUGAGAAGGGGCUCUCUGGUGGGUUAUUUGUGAUGGGGGAAGUUUUGUUUAUUAUGAGACCGCUUAUCUAUGUUCUAUUCAUAAGAAAAUAUGGUGUGCGUUCGUGGAUUCCUUGGCUACUUUCAUUGACCGUUGACGUCACUGGAAUGGGCAUUCUUUCACAUGUCACGAGCAUGGGUGGUAAUAGCAGCAAAAACUCUAUUCCACUUUCUGCUUCUGAAAAGGAUGAGGUAAAAAGGAGAAAGCUGUUGUGGGCGCUUUAUCUCAUGAGAGAUCCGUUCUUUAGCAAUUAUAGUCGGCAUCGCCUGGAGCACGUUGAGAAACUUUUGGGCCCUGUUCCACUUGUUGGAUUUCUUACAGCUAAACUUGUUGAGCUUCUUAUUGGGGCUCAAACGCGGUACACUUACAUGUCGGGAUCAUAA